UGCUUGUGUAGUCGAUAAGUCUCAAACUGAAACUCUUCGUCCUCCUUGUGAUGUGGCAGAAACCCAAACCUUUGAACUUCAAUUUCUGCGUCUGACACAUUCCCUCGUUCAUUCAUUCAUUUAAACCCAGAUCCCUCUCUUCUCCUCCUUCUCUAUUCAGAUCCCUCAGAUUUCUCGUCUCAGGGAUUAGGGUUGUUAAUCUUCGUAUUCAAAUCCAGCAACCAUGUCUAUGUCUGAAGGCGUUGUGAAGAAAGUCAUCCUCUCCUACACCUACGUCGCCGUAUGGAUCUUCCUCAGCUUCACCGUCAUCGUCUACAACAAGUACAUCCUCGACCGCAAGAUGUACAAUUGGCCCUACCCCAUUUCCCUCACCAUGAUCCACAUGGCCUUCUGCUCCUCCGUCGCCUUCCUCAUCGUUCGCGUCUUCAAACUCGUUGAGCCUGUUUCAAUGUCGCGGGAGCUUUACAUCAAAUCCGUGGUGCCUAUCGGUGCUCUGUAUUCUCUUUCUCUCUGGUUCUCUAAUUCUGUCUAUAUUUACCUCUCUGUUUCCUUCAUUCAAAUGCUCAAAGCCCUUAUGCCUGUCGCUGUUUAUUCGAUUGGGGUUUUGUUUAAGAAGGAGAGUUUCAAGAGCGAAACCAUGGCUAAUAUGGUGUCAAUUUCUGUGGGAGUUGCGAUCGCCGCUUAUGGCGAAGCCAAAUUCGAUGCCUGGGGUGUGACUUUGCAGCUUUUGGCGGUUUCAUUCGAGGCCACUCGGUUGGUUCUGAUCCAGAUUUUGUUGAAUUCUAAAGGGAUUUCUCUUAACCCUAUCACCUCACUCUACUAUAUUGCUCCUUGUUGUUUGGUUUUCUUGUCUAUCCCCUGGAUGAUCAUGGAGUACCCGUAUUUGAAAGAAACCUCUAGUUUCCAUUUUGACUUUGUCAUUUUUGGGACCAAUUCAUUCUGUGCUUUUGCUUUGAAUCUUGCUGUGUUUUUGCUUGUUGGCAAGACAUCGGCUCUGACCAUGAACGUUGCCGGAGUGGUGAAGGAUUGGUUAUUGAUCGCUUUCUCUUGGUCUGUGAUAAAGGACACAGUCACACCCAUCAAUUUGAUUGGCUACGGUCUUGCAUUCUUAGGCGUUGGAUAUUACAAUCACUCCAAAUUGCAGGCUCUUAAAGCUUCGGAGGCUCAGAAGAAAGCCCAGCAAGCUGAUGAGGAAGCUGGAAGACUCUUACAGGAGAGAGAAGGAGAAACAACAACAGGAGGGAAGCACGAGAACCAGAAUUGAUUUGGCUGCAGCUAAUCUCAUUUUUGGAUACGAAGAUCAGAGAUUUAAUAUUUGUCGAUUAAUAUUGGUGUAUCGGUAUUAGGUAUUUAUGUUACUUCUACUCAAUUUUUCUUGCCUCUCAUUGUUCAUUUCAGCGACUGUGUGCUGAGAAUUGAACAUCUUCCCUCAAUGAGUUAACCAUUAUGGAUGUUCUGGACCAAUUUCUUUGAAGUAAAGCUUAUGGUUUAUUAGCAA